CUUAACUUCUGCAACUAAUAGACAUUCACUCUCUGCUGCUGUAUGUGUGUGGCUCUGUCUUCCCUUUGCUUGUCUCUUUUCAAGAUUCUGUAUCUUACCUUUGCUUACUGUUUUGGAGCUUCCAUACAAAGAUUCUCCUCCUAUUUUACAAAGAAAACAUCUUUGCAUUGUCUUGUUUGCGUAGGAAGGAAAGGAUAAAGGAAUCUACAUUGAAAUGCCUGGCUAAUAUCUGAGAUUUUUCUUCUGGAUUUUGGACUGAAUGACCUCUUAUCAAUGCCUGUAUUAGAUAUUGCUACUGCUCAGGCUUCUUUGCAGAAUCAUCUGAGUCCAUUAAGGGCUCAACCCCUUAUUCCUUGUAAGGUUUUGCCAAGUCCAUUUAUAUUUGGGGAUGAGAAGAGACCGCUGGCCCGGUGGAAAUCUUUUCACUUCCCUAAAACCUUAAAUACUUGUGAAAGGAGUAAACUUCAGAUUAAGGCAGUUGCUACUCUUGAACCCAAGGCUUUACACAAGGAGGAAGAGAAGAGUAAAGAGAGUGUGCUGCUUGAUGAUAAUUCAAAUGCCCCAGCAGUUCAGGCUGACUCUUCGGAUGCAGACUCGUUGGAAUUGGAUGAAAAUGAGAAGUUGAGGCGCAUGAGGAUCUCUAAAGCAAAUAAAGGAAACACGCCAUGGAACAAAGGCAGGAAGCACAGUCCUGAAACCAUUCAACGGAUUAGAGAAAGAACAAGGCUUGCAAUGCAGAAUCCUAAGAUCAGAAUGAAGUUGGCCAACCUUGGACAUGCUCAGAGUAAAGAGACGAGGACAAAAAUUGGGGUUGGUGUGCGAAUGCGAUGGAAAAAGCGCCGCGAGAAGAAGAAUGUGCAGGAAACUUGUUUGUUUGAGUGGCAGAACUUGAUUGCAGAAGCUUCAAGAAGGGGCUAUGCUGGUGAAGAAGAGAUGCAGUGGGACUCUUACAAGAUAUUAACUGAAAAACUUGAAGUUGAAUGGGUGGAGAGCAUUGAACAAAGGAAAACAAUGCCUAGGCCAAAAGGGAGCAAGAGAGCCCCGAAAUCCCCUGAGCAAAGAAGAAAAAUUGCAGAAGCCAUUGCUGCUAAGUGGGCUGAUCCUGAAUACCGAGAACGAGUUUGCUCCGCGCUAUCUAAAUAUCAUGGGACACCAGUUGGAAUUAAGCCAAGGCGAAGGACACAACCAAAGAAACAGGACCCAGCAAUGAAAAAAAGUGAUACAGAGAAUUUGUCUAAAAGUGACACCGCAGGCCCAAUGCGGCGACCAAGGUUGCGAAGAAGCAAGACACCAGUGUACAAGGAUCCUCUGGCAAGGUCAAAGUUAGAGAUGAUAAAGAAAAUAAGGGAACAAAGAGCUGCCGCAGGAACCAAGAAAACUGAAGCCAUAGAACGAGCAAGGUUAUUAAUUGCUGAAGCUCAGAAAGCUGCUAAGGCCCUUGAGGUUGCUGCAACAACGAGCCCUAUUGCUCAAGCCUCCCUCAUAGAAGCUAGAAAGCUAAUAGCUGAAGCAAUUCUUUCGAUUGAAUCCGUAGAUGCUGAGUAUAUGACAUCUAGUAAGGAUGACAUUGAUCCUUCUCUUUCCCCAAUUGAACUGGCUGGGCUGAUUGAUGAGGAAGCAGAUGUGAACAAUGGAAAUUCUAGUCAAGCAGAGUUGAAAGAAGUUAAUGGAACCAAAAUCGUAGCAUCCAGUGAAGAUAAGGACCUCAACUUCACUAACUUAUCCCUUCAUGAUAUACUGAAUGGUGAAUAUGAACUUCUCUCUACAAGAUCCAAUGGGUUUAAUUUUCCUUCAAUAAAUUUGGAGAGUAUAAUAGAGCAUUCAAGUUCACCAAAACCAAAUGGAAGUCAUAAAUCUGAAAAGAGUCCCUUACCAAAUGGAUCCAAGGUUCAGCAUCUGAAAGAGGAGUUGCCUUCUAAACCUAUCACUAGCGCUAAGAAAUGGGUUUGUGGAAGGCUUGUCGAAGUGACAGACGAAGAUUAGUGUGAACUCAUUGAAAUCCUCAAACUUUGUCCAAGUUUCAUCAUAGUGGCAGAUGGCAUAAGCUUUUUGCUCAUCGUCAUGGUUCUUUUUCAUCUAAGAACUCAGGAAGCCUGCCCAACAGAAAGCUGGCUAUUUCAGCUUGUCACUUUGCAUCUCACCAUAUUUGGUUGUAUGUAAUAUUUAUAGCUGAUUAAAAGAAAUUUUGGUUAAUACUGCAUACUUGAACACUAAUGAUAUAAGCCAUUGUAUCUGUUUCUCUCUAUGAAAUUUGUUAGUUUAGUUAUAAACAUUGGCUUCUAUACUGUAACUAGAUUGUGUAGUUUAUAGAUAAGAGGCUGGCCGAAGUACAUUUACUCA